UGUGUCCCUCGGACAGUGUGUCCAAUCACAGCUGAUCACUGAUCAUCAGGGCACUGAUGAUCAGUGUGCCCUGAUGAUCAGUGUAGCCCCGGCAGUGCCACCUGUCAGUGUCCAUCAGUGCCUUGUGUCAGUGCCUCGUGCCAGUGCCCAUCAGUGCCACAUCAAUGCCACAUAUCAGUGCCUACCAGUGCACGUCAAUGCCACUUAUCAGUGCCCAUCUGAGCUGCCUUUCAGUGUCACCCAUCAGUGCCAGUCAGUGCCACCUAUCAAUGCCAAUCAGUGCCACCUAUCAGUGCUGCCAAUCAGUGCCACCUAUCAG